AUGUAUAAAAAAUAUUUAUUCAUCUCUCUAUUAUUAACAUUAGUUAUUUGUGAAGGAGGAUAUUAGAGUGUCAAAAUAAAAGAAUUUAUGAGUUAGAAUAAUGAAAUAUUUACAUAUAUAAAUGAAAUAUUAGAUGAUGAAGCAGGACCAGAAUAUUUCCUUUGGAAAAUAGAAAGUGUUUAAUAAUAAAUUGUUUCAGGAAUCAAUUAUAAAAUGGUUGUUGAUUAUUAAAAAAAAGAAGAUCCUAAUCAAUAUAUUCAAUUUGAGAUCAUAGUUUACGAUUAGUAAUACUUUGAUAAUAAUUUAAUUUAAGACCAUGGACUAAUACAAGAAAAGUGACUGCUUUAGAAUAACAAAAUCUUAGAGUUGAUAAUAAAAAAUCAAAUAAUUUUAAAUAUCAUGGUUGGGUAGAUCUAGAUACAAAAUAAUUUAAUGUAAAAUAUCCUCAAAUUUAAACAUUAUUACUCUCAAAGUUAAUACCUAAAUUUGAAUUAGAAGAAAAUACUUCAAUAAUAGAUAUAUAAUCAGUUAAAGAAUAAUUUAUAGCUGGAAAAACUUAUUUAAUAUUUGUAUAAUUAUCAGAUGGUAAAAAAUAUAAAGGAACAUUAUAUGAAAAGUAAUCUAAUUAAUUAUAAAUAAAGUCCAUGGUCAAAGAAAAUAGAAGUAGUAACAGUGGAAUUAGAAGAAGAACAACAAUGA